UGAAGGAGCACUAAAGAUCUGUCCAUAUUCUGAUGAGUGGCAUCAGUAUCAGACUCAGCUACAACAAUUCAGCACGGAUUGAAUUGGAAAUGGAAUUGGAAAUACAUAACCAAAAAGCAAACUGAAGAAUAAAGAAUCUCACUAUGCACUGCAAUAGAUCCCCAUCCAUGGGUUUUGGGCCUGAUAUCAAUCUAGAGGCGAGCUUCAGAACCAGCUCGUACCAACCUGCGCAUAUUCUUCAGCAGCUGAAUGUCUUCAGGAAAAGUGGCACAUUCACUGAUGUUAUCCUGCAAGUGGAGAAACAUGAGUUUCCAUGCCACCGUGCUGUGCUGUGUGCAUCCAGUCAAUACUUCCGCACCAUGUUUAUGGGCCAGCUGCGUGAGAGUGGUCAAUCUGUGGUGCGGCUGAACGAGGUUUCCGAAGUCGCUCUAGAGCACCUGCUGGACUUUGUUUAUGAGGGCCAGGUUCAGCUCCAGGAAGAGAAUGUGGAGACUGUUUUUCAAGCUGCUGACCUGCUGGAUGUUCCUGCACUGUCCAGAGCCUGUCUGGAUUUCCUGGAGAAGUGCGUGUCUCACUUGAACUGCCUGGGUCUGAUAGAAUUUGCCAAGCACUACUCGCUGCAGCCACUGCUGAAACAGUGCCAGAAUCUGCUGUAUCAGGACUUUAACAUUGUAGCCAAGCACGAUGAGUUCCUUGAGCUGCCAGUGGAGAGAGUGGUGGAGCUUUUGGAUUCUGAAAACCUACAAGUGCAGGAGGAAGUCCUGGUGGAGGCUGCUCUGUUAUGGGUUCACCAUCAAAGAAGCAAGCGGAAAGCAGCACUAGGAAAGCUACUGGAGAGACUUCGGCUGCCCUUAUUAGACCCUGUGUUCUUUACCAACGUGCUGGAGGCUGAUGAAUUCAUCCAGGAAUCACCUGACUGCAGGAAGCUGUUACAGGAGGCGAGACUUUAUCGCAUAUACGGCAGAGAGAUCAGCUCGGAGAGAACCAAACCAAGAAGGCAGUCUGGCUGGGCUGAGGUGAUUGUGGUUGUCGGCGGUUGUGACAAAAACAGGAUUUCAAGAUUCGCCCUCACAAAAACACAGGUCCCCACCACUGGGACAUGGCUCACUUCAGUCAGUGUGCCAGGAUAUAAAUAUGAAUUUGCUGUCUGUGAACUUCACAAUGACAUUUAUUUAUCAGGUGGGCAACUGAACAGCACACAAGUGUGGCGCUUUAUGGCUCAGCUAAACCAGUGGGUUUCUGUGGGUAGCUUGCUGAAGGGAAGAUGGCAACACAAGAUGGUCUCUUUAUGUGGAAAGCUGUAUGCUGUAGGAGGAUAUGAUGGAGAGCAAAGGCUGAGCAGCGUGGAGUGUUAUAGCGUGUUUGAGAAUGUGUGGAAGCCUGUGGCUCCAUUGCUUUUGCCUGUCAGUUCUGCUGCUCUGGCCAGCUGCUGUGGAAAGCUUUAUGUAAUCAGUGGAGCUGUGAGUGAAGACUGCAACACCAACAUGCUUCAGUGUUAUGACCCCGUUAAGGAUCAGUGGACAUGCAUGAUGUCCUGCCCUUUCUCUCAGAGGUGUUUAAACGCAGUGUCACUGAAUGGAUCAGUCUACGUAGCCGGGGGUCUGUUGGAUGUGCUGUUCUGUUACAGUCCCAUGGUUGACUCAUGGAGCAAAGUAGCUGAGCUUCCCAUGAAAUUGGAAAAUUGUGGGUUGGCUGUUUGUGAUGGGAAAGUGUAUAUCUUGGGUGGCCGUGAUGAAUUUGAAGUUGUAACUGACUGUACAUGGGCAUUUGACCCACUGAGCGGCCAGCUGACCGAGGAGAUGCCCCUAGCGCGCAGCCUGGGCAACCACGGAUGUGUUACUAUCACACAACACCUACAGCACAAAUAAAAUGAUCUUUUUAUUUUCAUUUGAAGCAUGAAAAGUCCUAAGGUCAUCUACUACCUUGUUUACUUGAGAUGAAUUUCAUUCUUUAAUCUUUGCUGCUUAUAACAUCUAGUCCAAGCCAUAGUACAAGCCUUAAGUGUUAUUAAUUCAUUUUAUUCUCUUCAGGAAAUAAAACAACAACAACAAUGACAACAAUAGGAACAAUUACAAACUAUUGUAAUAUAAAAACUGUGAAUUUUGAAAGGUAUACUUCGCUGUGUUUCAUGUCUCGCACUGUUGAUACACUUUGCUGCUUUGCCUUUAUAUUUUUUUUUCAAUCUCUUUUCUAUUAUCUUCAAGUUAUCAUAUUUUUGUUCUUUGCCAGUUUUAACCUUCUGUUAAUUUGUCGAAUCAUUAUUUUAAAGUGUUAUUCUAAAUCUAUAAAGAGAAGUUGGGCUAAAUAACAAAUUGUCAAAUACUUUACUGCAAAACUUUGUGGUGUAUCAAGAGCCACAGUAUCCAGAGUAAAGCACGGGCUGAAUUUGGGUUUGGGUUGUAAAAUCAUACGAUCGCCACUACUGAACCAUUCUAGAGGAUCGCAUACACCCAGUGGUUCAAACAUUGUACCCUGAAGGUGGUUCAGUACUGUAUAUCAUCCAUACGCACAGCCAGACUGGUGACAGAGUGGUUUAAUUAACAUGAAAGUGAAUUGAACAUCACCCAUGGCCUGCAGCACAGUCACCAGACCUGGAUAUUUUCUCCAACAGUAUCACAUAGUAACCUGGCCAUUGUUUUGCAACAGAAAUGGCUCAAAAUCCCCCUGGUCACCUUGCAGGACUUAUCUUUCUUGUCUUUCGUAAGACAAACUGAUGCUGUAUUGGCUGUAAAAGGAAGCCUGAGACCAAACUAAUUCAUUAUUGUGGUUUAAAACAAGGUGUUUCAGUUUCAUUUUGCUAUCUUAAAGAACAGAAGCUAAUAUUUUUCAAUGCAUAUGGUAAAUAUAUUCAGUGAAGAAUAAAAAAUAAUAACAGUGGAUAUCUAGUG